GCUCGAGGCACCAACCCUACCUCACAUCCUGGCUCACCCUGCUGGGGGAAGGUGGGACCCCCCUGACCAGACCCUGACAGCCUUCCUGGCACCAGAGGCUUCAGCCCCCGCCACGACUCGCCUUUCCUCUCCAGAGGGCAGCAGCUCCAGGCCUUAUCGCCUGGGCCGGGGAGGAAGACAGUUAUCAGGUCCUUGGCAGUUACACGUUCCUGGUCUCUGAGGGCAGCACUGGCUGCCCCCCCUGAUAAGUGUCCUGCGAGGGAGGAGGGCCUCUCACCCCUCAGAAGAGGCCCCAGUUGAAAAAGCAGUGGCUUACAUUCCUGAGGGUCAGGGCUGGGCCACUGCCCUGCCCCCUGGGUUGGAAUUCCUGCUUUGCUUGGUCCUUCUGACCCUGACCUAGUUUCUAAUUAUCCUGCUCCACCUCAGGUCCACAGCAUGCAGUCCCAGGAGAGCGGUGUCCACUACAGCAGGUGGGACAACAGCAGCCGGGAUGAAGUCAGCAUGACUGCCAUGUCCAGCACCGAGGAGGCCUCAUGCUAUCGCAGGCUCUCCCAGAAACUGUGCUCGGGCAAGCUGGGGAUCGCCAUGAAGGUGCUGGGUGGAGUGGCUCUCUUCUGGAUCGUCUUCAUCUUGGGCUAUGUCACUGGUUACUACGUGCACAAGUGCAAAUAAAUGCUGUCCCAUUCCUGCCCCCCCCUGGA